CACUGAGGACAGCAUGCUGGGAUUUGCUGAAUGCUUAAAUCUCUACAUAAACAAAGCUCUUGGAUCAGAGGCCUAGAAUCCCUUCACAGCACCAUUCUCCUGACCAACAUGGAACAGAUGGAUAAAAUGCAGAAAGACUUGACCAAAUCGUUGGGAAGGAUCCCUUAUGCCCCCUAUCCCAACAGCCAGGCACAGCUCCGGGACUCCAGUUCAGGAACCAGUUCAAGUCUAUCAGAAAACAUUUACAGGGGGACCAAAAGGAAAUACCCACUGAUUAAACAGAAGGGAUUUUACUCUGAUGUCCUCACUCCAGGAGCCUCUGACCUUUUGGGGGAUGUGUGCGCUGGUCCCAGUGUGAACAGGGAUUUAUUGAGACAGGCAGAUCUUGAAGAGCACACGCCAAAAGUCACAACAUUUGAGUUUCCUGAGAACUUCGGGAGCUACUUGGACCAGCAAAUGAUUGGACCAACCACUGAGAUCCUGGUCAAAUCAGACUUUCCGCUGCAAGCAUUUAAGCCAAAGGUGCAAAUCCCUUUCCAGGGGCUUCCAGGCCAGUGCCCUCGGAAGAUUGAGAUAGAAAGGAGAAGACGGCUGUAUCUCAAACUUGAUAUUGCUCAGCUCUUAGCCAACGAGGGAAUAGAUUCCAAUCAACUGAUGCCCAGGCACCAAGACCCUGACAGUUUGCCAACCAUUGAACAGAAGCAAGAUCCUGUUUUUCCCAUCUACCUCCCCCUGAAGAUAUUUGAUGAUGAAGAGUACGACUGUCGGACUCCGGAAGAGUGGAUCUCACUGGGGUUGGAGCUAGGAUCUCAAGACAGGAACCCAAUUCCUGGAAAAGCACUUUUGCCUACAGAUGAUAUACUGGGACAUGAGGAUCCCAAAAGUCAUCAGUUGAUCUACGAUUGGGUCAGUGUCGGAGUCCUGGAUUAUGACAAGGAGACAAAGUUCUACUUGGUACAUAAGACAGAUGAGAGGGGCCUGGUGCGGAAUGAAGAAGGGAGGCCUAUCCUUAAUGGAGGAGUGACUCCAACAGGGAGAGCCCUGCUGAUGCCAUGUCAAUACUGGGUGCCACGAGUCCAUCUGCUCUUUCUUGCUGAAGACCCCCGUGUGUUUGUUCAACGAGUGGUCUCUGCUAAUAACCUGCGCAAGAAAACGCAGGCACUGCUGCGGUAUAACUUGUAUGUGGACUGCAUGCCUGUGGAUGGACUCAGAAGCAUUGAAGACAAAAGUCUAGGGAGGAUGAAACAGUUAGCCAUGAGCACACCACACCUGAGGAAGGAGAAAUGUGUGCUAAACCGUCUGCACUGCCUGGAAAAGGAAGUGAGCCUGGAUUAUGAACGCACCAUGAACAAGAUCAUCUUCGACAGAGUUGUCACUUCUAAGCCUCAAAUGUUUUCAUAUGUCACCCUGCCAGAAAAAGAGGAGGAAAAAGUGCCAGAGAAAGGGCUUGUCCAAGUUCCAGACUAUCCAUUUAAUGAGCAAAGAGCAGACUUCAUCUUUGUCUCACUCCUGACCAGGCCAGAAGUCAUCCAUGCCUUGUCACAGGUGCGGGAUGAGUGCAACAAAGCUGCAGCCAUGUCUCUGUUUCAUUCAACUUUAUCUAAGCAUGGCCGGCUAGAGGAGUUUGAACAGAUCCAGACGCAGACCUUUACUCAGGUUCAAAUGUUUCUCAAGGACACUUGGAUCAAUACUCUAAAGAUAGCAGUAAAGAGCUGCCUGAGAGAGAUUGGUAAAGGCUGGUACAACCUGGCUCAGAGCAAUUGGGGCGUGUACCAAAUGUCCAAGCUACAUAAAUUGAUGGAGCUCAUCAAGUUCAACUUGCAAGACUCUGUACGCUACCUAGUUCAAAAGUCACUGGUCAGCUUCACCCAGCUUUUGCUGGAUGCUAGCUGCAGUGUUCUGAACUGCUUGGAGGAUAUGGAAUGGGGAGAUGACCUCAUCAAUAGCCCAUACAAGCCACGAAAGAAUCCUCUUUUUGUAGUGGAUCUGAUUCUGGACAGUAGCGGGGUUCACUUUAGCACACCGCUGGAGGUCUUUGAGACAUCUAUUGUUUCUCUGUUUGACAAAGGGAUCUUGGCAACCCACACCAUACCACAGCUGGAGAAGUUUGUGCUAGAGAACAUGUUCAUCAGAGGCAUGCCUCUGUUGGAGUCAGUGGGCCUGCAUGAGCCAGCUGUGGAAGAACUGCGCAAGACUAUUCAGUUUGCCAUUCGCAAGGCAUUGAUCCCCCUUCAAGCCUAUGCCAGGCAGUACGAGAAGCACCUGGAGCUGAAUAAUAAUGACAUGCAGUCCUUUCUGAAAGAGUAUCAAGUCCACUGUCCCUCUGCCCAGGAAGUGAGACAAAUAGUAAACAUGCACUUGUCUGAAAAGGAGAAGCUGGACAACGCUCUGCCAAGCUGUAUUGUCAUUGGUCCUUUCCAUGUCAGCAUUGAAGGUGUAAAGCAAAAUCUGUCCAAAAAACGCAAAGCCUUAGCCACCUCCAUGCUGGACAUACUGGCUAAGAACCUACGCCUGCAAGUGGACAGUAUCUGUGAAGCAUACAAAGCUAUCAGCCGGAAAAUGUAUGAGAAACCCAACAGCAUUGAGGAGCUGGCUGAGCUGCGGGAGUGGAUGAAAGGAGUCCCUGGGCAGCUACAUGUUCAGGAGGAACUGAUUAGUAAGGUCGUAGAAGAUUAUGAGGUCAUGGAGGAAUUCCUUUACAAUCUUACCCAAGAUGAUUUCAACGAAAAGUGGGCUGCAAGUUACUGGCCUCUGAAAAUAGCCAACCAGACAGAGAUGAUUCAGCAGCAGCACCUGGAAGAUGAAGAGAAGUUCCGCAAAAUUCAGUUAAUGGAUCAGAACAACUUCAUGGAACGGUUGGAUGGCCUACAGCUACUUGUGGCUGGAUUUUCAAUUCAUGUGGACAUUACCCGAGCUCAUGAGAUAGCAAACGAAGCAAGAAGAGUGAAGAAGCAGUUGAAGGAGUCUCAAGAGAUGGCACUGCUCUACAACAAUAGGGAGAGGAUUUUUGGGAUGCCAGUUACUAAUUAUGAUAAACUAUCCAGGAUGGUUAAGGACUUUCAGCCAUAUUGGGAUCUCUGGACUACAGCAUCAGACUGGAUACGCUGGUCUGAGAGCUGGAUGAAUGACCCUCUCUCUGCAAUUGAAGCUGAACAGCUAGAAAAGAGUGUCAAUGAAUCCUUUAAGACGAUGCACAAGUGUGUGAAGCAGUUCAAGGAUGUACCAGCGUGCCAGGAUGUGGCUGUAGAAAUCCGGGGCAGGAUUGAGGAAUUCAGACCGUAUAUCCCUCUGAUUCAGGGCCUGCGCAACCCUGGCAUGCGUAAUCGUCACUGGGAGAUGCUUUCAAAGGAGAUCAAAAUCAGUAUCAAGCCUAAGGCCAAUCUGACAUUUGCUCGCUGCUUGGAGAUGAAGCUGCUGGACCAUAUUGAAAGCAUUGCUAAAAUAGCAGAGAUUGCUGGCAAGGAGUACGCCAUUGAGAAUGCACUGGAUAAAAUGGAAAAUGAAUGGGUCUCCAUUAUGUUUAAUGUGCUACCUUAUAAAAACACAGACACCUUUAUUCUGAAGAGCCCUGAUGAAGCUUCUCAGCUCCUUGAUGAUCACAUUGUUAUGACUCAAAGUAUGUCUUUUUCACCAUACAAGAAACCCUUUGAGGACAGGAUGAACACCUGGGAAAACAAGCUGAAGAUGACACAGGAUGUCCUGGAGGAGUGGCUGACAUGCCAACGCUCCUGGCUGUACCUGGAGCCCAUCUUUAGCUCAGAGGACAUCAAUAGACAACUGCCUGUAGAAAGCAAACGCUACCAAACCAUGAAUAGGGCCUGGAGGACAAUCAUGAAGAAUGCAAAUGAAAACCCAAAGGUCAUUUCCCUCUGCCCUGAACCCAGACUGCUGGAGAACCUGAGGAAAUGUAAUAAAUUACUGGACCUUGUGCAGAAAGGCCUGAGUGAAUACCUGGAGACCAAGAGAGGAGCUUUCCCCAGGUUCUACUUCCUUUCGGAUGAUGAGCUACUAGAGAUACUAUCUCAGACAAAGGACCCCACUGCCGUGCAGCCUCACCUCCGCAAGUGCUUUGAGAACAUUGCACGGCUGCUGUUCCAGGAGGACCUACAGAUCACUCACAUGUACUCUGCAGAAGGGGAAGAAGUGAAGCUUUUUUCCCCCAUUUAUCCCACGGGCAAUGUGGAGGACUGGUUGCUGGAAGUUGAGAAAUCCAUGAAGGCCAGUGUGCGGGACAACAUUGAGAGAUCGAUUGGGAUUUAUCCACAUACGCCACGUCCUACCUGGGUUUUACAAUGGCCUGGUCAGGUGACCAUCGCUGGCUGUCAGACAUUCUGGACAAAGGAAGUGUCCGAGGCCCUGGAAGCUGGGGAUUUGUCCACUAGGCUGUUUCCACAGCUGAGUGCUCAGCUGAGUGAUCUGGUAGCCCUUGUGCGAGGAAAGCUGUCUAAGAUGCAGCGAGCAGUGCUGUCAGCUCUCAUUGUGAUCGAAGUCCAUGCCAAGGAUGUUGCAGCUAAGCUGAUUGAAGAGAAUGUGAUGAGUGUGAAUGAUUUUGAGUGGAUCUCCCAGCUCAGAUACUACUGGACAAGGGGUGACCUGUACAUCCGAGCAGUGAAUGCUGAAUUUAUCUAUGGCUAUGAGUAUCUGGGAAACAGUGGUCGUCUGGUGAUCACACCCCUGACUGACAGAUGUUACCUGACACUGACAGGAGCCCUGCACCUAAAAUUUGGAGGAGCCCCUGCAGGACCAGCCGGAACAGGCAAAACUGAAACAACUAAAGAUCUGGGGAAAGCACUGGCCAUCCAGACAGUAGUGUUUAACUGCUCUGACCAGCUUGACUUCAUGGCUAUGGGAAAGUUCUUUAAGGGAUUAGCGAGCUCUGGAGCAUGGGCUUGCUUUGAUGAAUUUAACCGCAUUGAUAUUGAAGUGCUGUCUGUAGUUGCUCAACAGAUCACAACCAUUCAGAAGGCCCAGCAGCAAAGGGUGGACCGUUUCAUGUUUGAAGGAAGUGAGAUUCCACUGGUCCCAUCCUGUGCGGUCUUCAUCACCAUGAACCCUGGAUAUGCUGGACGCACUGAAUUACCUGAUAAUCUAAAAGCUCUCUUCCGUCCUGUGGCUAUGAUGGUCCCAGACUACUCCAUGAUUGCUGAGAUCUCUCUCUACUCCUUUGGGUUUAAUGAAGCCAAGGUCCUUGCAAAGAAGAUCACCACUACAUUCAAAUUGUCUUCAGAACAGCUCAGCACUCAAGAUCACUAUGACUUUGGAAUGAGAGCUGUGAAGACUGUGAUCUCAGCUGCUGGCAACCUGAAGAGAGAGAAUCCUACUAUGAAUGAGGAGCUGAUCUGCCUGAGGGCCAUCCGGGAUGUUAAUGUACCAAAAUUCCUCCAGGAUGACCUCAAGCUAUUCAACGGUAUUGUCUCUGACCUGUUUCCCAGGAUCAAAGAGGAACCUAUUGACUAUGGCAUCCUGGAGAAAGCAAUACGCAAAUCAUGCAUCAAAGACAACCUGAAGGAUGUAGAUGGUUUUGUGACAAAGUGUAUCCAGCUCUAUGAAACCACUGUGGUCCGCCAUGGCCUCAUGCUGGUAGGGCCAACUGGAUCUGGAAAAACAAAGUGUUACAAAGUUCUGGCAGCUGCCAUGACAUCACUAAAAGGUCAACCUUCAGCCAGCGGUGGGAAUUAUGAAGCAGUCAACUACUUCAUACUGAAUCCAAAAUCCAUCACUAUGGGCCAGCUUUAUGGAGAAUUUGAUUUACUAACACAUGAGUGGACAGAUGGGAUCCUUUCAUCACUCAUCCGGGUAGGAGCUAUUGCCACGGAUACAAAUAAGAAAUGGUACAUGUUUGACGGGCCAGUCGAUGCGGUCUGGAUUGAGAAUAUGAACACAGUGCUGGAUGACAAUAAGAAGCUGUGUCUCAGCUCCGGAGAAAUCAUUAAGCUGACAGAGAGUAUGACCAUGAUGUUUGAAGUACAGGACUUGGCCGUUGCCUCCCCAGCCACAGUCUCCCGGUGUGGCAUGGUUUACUUAGAACCCAGUAUCUUGGGACUCAAGCCCUUCACCGAGUGCUGGCUAAGAGAAAUCCCUGAGGUCAUGAAGCCUUUCCUGGAGCAGUUAGCAUCCCUCUUCAGAAAAUUUCUUGAGGACUCCAUCAGCUUUGUCCGGAGAUCUGUGAAGGAGGUAAUUGCCUCAACAGACAGUAACUUGACGAUGAGCCUUCUCAAGCUACUGGAGUGUUUCUUUCAACCUUUCAUCCCCAUUGAGGGAAUUAGGAAAGUCCCUCGUGAGAAGACAGCACGCCUUGGAGAACUGAUUGAACCUUGGUUUAUAUUCUCCCUGAUCUGGAGUGUGGGUGCAACAGGAGAUGCCCAAAGCCGUGUCGCCUUCAACUUGUGGUUAAGAGAGAAGAUGGCACAUGAACAAAUCCAGUUACUUUUCCCAGAGGAUGGGCUGGUAUAUGAUUAUAAGCUGGAUGAUGCUGGGCUUAGCAGUGCUGAGGAAGAUCUAGAAGAAGAGAUUGUCAAAGAGGUGUGCUGGGUGAAAUGGAUGGAUUCUACUGAACAGUUCACCAUGGUUCCUGACACCAACUACUGUGACAUUAUUAUCCCAACAAUGAAUACUGUCCAGAUGGCCUACCUGCUGGAAAUGCUGCUCACCAAUCGAAAACCAGUUCUCUGUAUUGGUCCAACUGGCACUGGGAAGACGCUCACUAUUUCAGACAAGCUUUUGAAGAACUUGCCUCUGGAAUACAUCACUCAUUUUCUAAUGUUUUCUGCUCGCACCUCUGCCAACCAAACCCAGGACCUCAUUGACAGCAAACUGGAUAAAAGGCGAAAGGGGGUCUUUGGACCACCCCUUGGCAGGUACUUCAUAUUUUUCAUUGAUGACCUGAAUAUGCCAGCACUGGAGAUCUAUGGUGCUCAGCCACCUAUUGAGCUGCUUCGGCAGUGGAUGGACCAUGAGGGCUGGUAUGACAGGAAACAGAUUGGUACUUUUAAGAAGCUGGUGGACAUCAACUUUGUCUGUGCCAUGGGACCCCCUGGUGGAGGAAGGAAUGCCAUCACCCCACGUCUAACUCGCCAUUUCAGCUCUCUCUCCUUCACAGAAAUGGAGGACAGCAGCAAAAAGACAAUCUUCUCCACCAUCCUUGGCAGCUGGAUGUCUGGACUGCUUGGAGAAAGAAGUUACAGAGAUCCAGUGCCGGGAGCCCCUGAAGUUCAGCAUUUGAACAAACCGCUUGUUGAUGCCACUGUUCGAGUGUAUUCAACCAUCACAUCCCAGCUGCUGCCCACGCCAGCAAAGUCACACUACACCUUUAAUCUGAGAGAUCUCUCCAAAGUUUUCCAGGGUAUGCUUAUGGCUGAACCCUGCAAAAUCCAAGAUAAAGCACAACUGUUGAGGCUGUGGUACCAUGAAAGCUGCCGGGUGUUCCGUGACCGCCUUGUUAACGAUGAGGACCGUAUCUGGUUUGAUGAGCUGAUGAAGAGCAUGAUGGAAGAGUUGGGCACCACUUUUGAGGAGGUCAUACCUUUCCAGCCAGUUCUCUUUGGGGAUUUCAUGCUGCCUGGUGCCGACGUCAAAUUAUAUGAGCUGAUUGAUAACCAGGAAAAACUUAAGAAUGUGAUUGAGGACUACCUGGAAGAAUAUAACCAGAUCAAUACCACCAAGAUGAAACUUGUCCUUUUUAUGGAUGCAGUGCAGCACAUCUGCCGGAUUAGUCGGAUCUUGCGGCAGGCAUUGGGCAACGCUCUCCUCCUGGGUGUUGGAGGAAGUGGGAGAGAGUCUCUCACCAGGCUGGCAUCUCACAUGGCUGAUUAUGAAUGCUUCCAGAUUGAGCUUUCCAAAAACUAUGGCAUGACAGAGUGGCGAGAUGAUAUCAAGAAGAUCAUGAUGAAAGCUGGCCUUCAAAGUCUGCCCAUUACCUUCCUUUUCACCGAUGCACAGAUUAAACGUGAGUCUUUCCUUGAGGAUAUCAAUAAUGUGUUGAACUCAGGAGAUAUUCCCAACCUGUAUGCCCCUGAUGAACAAGACCAGAUCAUGACUGCUAUGAAGCCCGUCAUUCAAGAUCUAGGGCAGCAGCCCACCAAAGCCAACUUGAUGGCUGCCUACACAGGACGCGUUCGCAGUAACAUCCAUACUGUCCUGUGCAUGAGUCCCAUUGGAGAGGUAUUCCGUGCCCGUCUGAGACAAUUCCCCUCUCUAGUGAACUGCUGUACAAUUGACUGGUUUAAUGAAUGGCCCGCAGAAGCCCUGCGAUGCGUUGCGUCCUCCUUCUUACAAGAAAUGCCAGAUAUUGAAGCCACCUCUGAAGUUAUAGAUGGAAUGAUUCAGAUGUGUGUAGAAAUCCACCAGAGUGUGGCACUGAAGUGCAAAGAGUACCUGGAAGAGUUGGCCAGACACAAUUAUGUCACUCCCAAGAGCUACCUGGAGCUCCUUAGCAUUUUUACAUUCCUGAUUGGGAAGAAGAAACAAGAGCUGAAAACAGCCAAGAACAGGAUGAAGAGUGGCCUGGACAAGCUACUAAGUACAGCAGAAGAUGUAGCAAAGAUGCAGGAAGAGCUGGAAUCAGCACGACCCCUCCUGGCAGAAGCAGCCAAAGAAACGCUGGCAACUAUGGAGCAAAUAAAGGUAGACACAGCUGUGGCUGAAGAGACUCGCAAUGCUGUGCAGGCUGAAGAGAUGAAAGCCAAAGUGAAAGCUGAGACAGCCCAAGCUAUUGCAGAUGAUGCUCAGAAGGACCUUGCUGAAGCCCUCCCUGCACUGGAUGCUGCUCUAGCCAGCUUAAGAAAUCUCAACAAAAAUGAUGUCACAGAGGUUCGAGCAAUGCAGCGUCCUCCUGUUGGUGUAAAGAUGGUGAUUGAAGCCGUCUGUAUUAUGAAAGGAAUCAAGCCCAAGAAAGUGGCAGGUGAUAAGCCAGGCUCCAAGGUUGAUGACUACUGGGAGCCAGGCAAAGGCCUUCUUCAGGACCCGGGGAAAUUCCUGGAAAGCCUCUUCAAAUAUGACAAGGACAACAUUGCAGAUGCUGUGAUUAAAGCCAUCCAGCCAUAUAUUGACAGCGAGGAAUUUCAACCAGCAGCUAUAGCCAAAGUGUCCAAAGCUUGCACAUCCAUCUGCCAGUGGGUGCGUGCCAUGCACAAAUACCAUUUUGUGGCCAAGGCAGUGGAACCAAAGCGGCAAGCCUUGCGGGAGGCAGAAGAGGACCUCCAGGUCACUCAGAAGAUCCUCGAUGAAGCCAAAGAGCGUCUGAGAGACGUAGAGGAUGGCAUUGCCAUGAUGCAGGCCAAAUAUAGGAGCUACAUUGCUAAGAAAGAGGAGCUGGAGAUGAAGUGUGAGCAGUGUGAGCAGAGACUGAGCCGGGCUGACAAGUUAAUUAACGGGCUAGCAGAUGAGAGGGUGCGCUGGCAGGACACAGUCCAGAACCUGGAUUAUAUGAUCAACAACGUUGCAGGAGAUGUGCUGGUUUCGGCUGGCUUCGUGGCAUACCUGGGUCCUUUCACAGGACAAUACCGCACAGCACUGUAUGAGGACUGGAUACAGAAAAUGGAGGAACAUGGUGUUCCACACACCAAGGAACCCAACCUUAUAGGAACUCUUGGAGACCCUGUAAAAAUCCGAUCCUGGCAGAUUGCUGGUUUGCCCAAUGACACCCUGUCUGUGGAGAAUGGAGUAAUAACACAGUUUUCACAGCGCUGGACUCAUUUCAUAGACCCCCAAGGACAAGCCAACAAGUGGAUCAAGAAUUUGGAAAAGGAGAAUAGCCUGGAGGUGGCCAAGCUGAGUGAUCGAGACUUCCUGCGCAGCCUAGAGAACUCCAUUCGCUUCGGGAAGCCAUUCCUACUUCCUAACGUAGGGGAGGAGCUGGAUCCGGCUCUUGAACCAGUCUUGCUGAAACAGACUUAUAAACAGCAAGGCAGCACAGUGCUGAAGUUGGGUGACACAGUUAUUCCAUACCAUGAUGACUUCAAGAUGUACAUCACCACCAACCUGCCCAAUCCCCACUAUACACCAGAGAUAUCCACCAAACUCACACUGAUUAACUUCACCCUCUCUCCCAGUGGCUUGGAAGACCAGCUGCUGGGACAAGUGGUAGCUGAGGAGCGGCCUGACUUAGAAGAAGCCAAGAACCAGCUGAUCAUUAGCAAUGCCAAAAUGAGACAAGAGCUAAAGGGGAUAGAGGAUCAAAUCCUGUACCGGCUGAGCUCCUCUGAGGGAAACCCUGUUGAUGACUUGGAGCUCAUCAAAGUGCUGGAGGCUUCCAAGCUAAAAGCUGGGGAAAUCCAGGCCAAAGUGAAGAUAGCUGAGCAGACAGAAAAAGACAUUGACAUCACUCGCUUGGAGUAUGUGCCUGUUGCUGUGCGCACACAAAUCCUCUACUUCUGUGUCUCGGACCUGUCCAACGUUGACCCUAUGUAUCAGUAUUCUCUUGAAUGGUUUCUCAACAUCUUCCUGUCAGGAAUCGCAAACUCCGAGAGAGCAGACACCCUGAAGAAGCGGAUAGUGAACAUAAACAACUACGUCACCUUCAGUCUGUACAGCAACGUGUGCCGCAGUCUGUUUGAGAAGCACAAGCUCAUGUUUGCUUUCCUGUUGUGUGUCAGGAUCAUGAUGAAUGAAGGGAAAAUCAACAUGGAUGAAUGGCGUUACCUACUGUCUGGAGGUGCCAUUAAAACCAUGAAAGAGAAUCCAGCUCCUGAAUGGCUGUAUGAGAGAGCAUGGGGCGACAUCUUGGCCUUAAGCAACCUGAACAAUUUCUCCAGCUUUGCAGAUGAUUUUGUGGACAAUAUCUCAGAGUUCCAAGCAAUUUUUGACAGCCCCGAGCCGCACAGGGAGCCCCUGCCUGGGAUUUGGAACGCUAAGUUGGACUCAUUCCAGAAGCUUCUGGUCCUGCGUUGCCUGAGAGGAGAUAAGGUCACUAAUGCUAUGCAGGACUUUGUGACUGAGAAUCUGGAUGAACGUUUUAUUGAACCACAGACCACAGAUCUCUCUGCGGUAUUCAAGGAGUCCACUUCUACCACGCCCCUGAUAUUCGUCCUCUCUCCUGGGACAGACCCUGCUGCUGAUCUUUACAAAUUUGCUGAAGAAAUGAAGUUCUCCAAGAAGCUCGCUGCCAUUUCUUUGGGCCAGGGUCAGGGUCCCAGAGCAGAAACCAUGAUGCGAAGUGCAAUGGAACGUGGGAAAUGGGUCUUCUUCCAGAACUGCCACCUGGCCCCAAGCUGGAUGCCGGCACUAGAGAGACUCAUUGAGAACAUCAAUCCUGACAAGGUGCACCGAGACUUUCGCCUCUGGCUCACUAGUUUACCUAGUAACCAGUUCCCAGUGUCCAUCCUCCAGAAUGGCUCCAAGAUGACCAUUGAGCCCCCACGAGGGGUCAAGGCAAAUUUGUUGAAGUCGUACACUAAUCUGAGUGAUGACUUCUUGAAUUCCUGCUCCAAGGUCACAGAGUUUAAAGUCUUAUUACUUUCACUUUGCUUGUUCCAUGGCAACGUGUUGGAGCGUAGGAAAUUUGGACCCCUGGGGUUCAAUAUUCCGUAUGAGUUCACGGACGGAGAUCUCCGCAUCUGCAUCAGCCAAUUAAAGAUGUUCUUGAAUGAGUACACGGACAUUCCAUACAAGGUGCUGAAGUACACAGCUGGUGAGAUUAACUAUGGAGGCCGAGUGACUGAUGACUGGGACAGGCGCUGCAUCAUGAAUAUUUUAGAAGAUUUCUACCAGCCAAAUGUUCUAACUCCAGAUUUUGCUUAUUCCAAGUCAGGAAUCUACAAACAGAUCAGCACUACAUAUGACCAUAAUGGCUACCUCCAAUACAUCAAGAGCCUGCCACUCAAUGACAUCCCAGAGAUUUUUGGUUUGCAUGACAAUGCCAACAUCACUUUUGCUCAGAAUGAGACUUUUGCCCUGCUUGGGGCCAUUGUUCAGCUGCAGCCAAAAACAUCCGCCUCGGGAGGCCAAAGCAGGGAGGAGGUGGUAGAGGAGACAUUGAAAGACAUCUUGGAGAAGCUCCCUGCCCCAAUUAACCUGAAGGAUGUGAUGCUGAAGUAUCCAGUGCUCUAUGAGGAGUCCAUGAACACGGUGCUGGUGCAGGAGGUGAUCAGGUACAAUCGGCUGUUGGAGAUAAUUGCACAGACUCUGAAGGAUCUGCUGAAAGCUCUUAAGGGCCUUGUGGUGAUGUCCUCCCAGUUAGAGCUGAUGGCCAACAGCCUGUAUAACAACAUUGUCCCAGAGAUCUGGAACACCAAGGCCUACCCGUCACUGAAGCCCUUGGCCUCAUGGGUCAGUGACUUGCUGCAGAGGAUUGAUUUCCUGCAGAGAUGGAUCAAUAAUGGGAUCCCACCCGUGUUCUGGAUCAGUGGAUUCUUCUUCCCCCAAGCCUUCCUCACUGGGACUCUGCAGAACUUUGCCAGAAAAUCCAUCAUCUCCAUCGACACCAUCUCCUUUGACUUUCAGGUGAUGAGGGAGUCAGUGAGUGAGCUGACCCAGCGCCCUGCUGAGGGUUGUUACAUUCAUGGCCUGUUUCUUGAAGGUGCUCGAUGGGACCCCUCUACCUUUGAGCUAGUGGAGUCACGUCCCAAGGAGCUUUACACAGAGAUGGCCAUCAUCUGGCUAAUUCCUGUCCCCAACCGCAAACCUCCAACCACAGGCAUCUACUUGUGCCCAAUCUACAAGACACUGACUCGAGCAGGAACCUUGUCAACAACAGGUCAUUCCACCAACUACGUAAUUGCCGUGGAGAUCCCCACCAGCAAGUCUCAGAGGCACUGGAUUAAGCAGGGUGUAGCCUUGAUCUGUGCCCUAGACUUCUAGCUCCCAGAAUGCCACCUAAUCUUAGAAGCCAUAGCAAUGACGCAACCAACUCACGAGACGCAAGCCAUUGUUGCUGCUGUCCUGUAGUCCUGUGCAUUGGGAAAGCGUUUGAGCAACCCUGCAAUUAUUUCUCCCUCCCCCUCAGAGCUGUUAUGUAUUUAGUCUUGUUUUGUUAAUACAGAGCUGUUCUGUUUCACCAAAAUACUGUGCUUGAUUCUUUCUAGCCAGUCUCUUAACCACUGCUCUAGCAUAAGGCUCUGUUUUUUAGACUCAAAGUCCCCUUCAGAAAAUG